AUGAGCAAGCGUUCAAAGUCGACAAUGAAAAUGAGUAGUUCAUCGGAUGAACAAAUGAAUGAACAAAGUCCUGGCAAGUCCAAUCCAAAUCUCGACGUCACAAAUACAAAUUCUGAUGUUGACCGUGAAAAUCAAAUCAGUGAAGAGAUAUCGAAAGUGAAUCGCUUCUUAACUGAAAUAAAAAUUAAAAACAUGUUUCAUAUCUCGCCCAAGAUUAAUGUAAGCUCUUCGCAGCGUUUGUCUACUCACAAGCAAGCGAGCAGACCAGGACAAAAUUUGAUAAAAACAACACAAUUGAAUGCCCUUAGGACUUUUCAUAGAUUAUUCAGAGGGAAAAAGGAGCUGGAUAAAGUGAUUCGGGUAACUAAAAGAGGUGACCGAAGCAGUGGACUUAAGGUCAAUGGAGCGAAAGAGGAAGAAAAGGGUACAAAUGGAAUCUCAUCUAAGACUGACACCACUCAGACCACAUUCCUUACCUCAACAACACUUUCCUCCUCCUCAGAUUCUAGCACUUCAUCGAUCUUGGAUCAAGAGGAAUCAGACAAUGAUGGUGCAGAAGAUGAAAUCAAAGAAAAGAGUUCCCCUCAAGCUCCUUCUUCAGGCCUCUAG